CUCACGUGCACGCCUGGCCUGCGUAAGAAGUCCCCCCUUCCACUCCCCGCAGGCGUUGGAAACCUCUAGGCCUAGCGGUGUCUUCCAGCCCGGAGGAGGCUUCAGAUCUCGAUCCAGAGUACCUCGCCCGGGUUGCGGGGGGAUGACACGGGGGCGUGAGCGGCACAGAACACCAUGCAGGAUCCAAAUGAAGAUACAGAAUGGAAUGAAAUCUUAAGAGAUUUUGGCAUUCUUCCUCCAAAAGAAGAACCAAAAGAUGAAAUUGAAGAAAUGGUCUUACGUUUACAGAAAGAGGCAAUGGUUAAACCAUAUGAAAAGAUGACUCUUGCACAGUUAGAAGAGGCUGAAGAUGAAUUUGAUGAAGAAGAUAUGAAAGCUAUUGAAACAUAUAGAGAAAAGCGGUUAAAGGAAUGGAAAAUAUUUAAGAAGAAACAAAAAUUUGGGGAAUUAAGAGAAAUUUCUGGAAAUCAAUAUGUGAAUGAAGUCACAAAUGCAGAAAAAGAUGUGUGGGUUAUAAUUCAUCUGUACAGAUCAAGCAUCUCAAUGUGUUUGUUGGUUAAUCAGCAUCUUAGUCUCCUAGCAAGAAAGUUUCCAGCAACUAAAUUUGUUAAAGCCAUUGUGGAUAGCUGUAUUCAACACUACCAUGAUAAUUGUUUACCAACGAUUUUUGUUUAUAAAAACGGUCAGAUAGAAGGCAAAUUCAUUGGAAUUAUAGAAUGUGGAGGGAUAAAUCUCAAGCUGGAAGAUUUUUAUGCAGCUUGAUGAUGGGUUAUCUAUUGCAGAACUUGAAUGGAAGCUAGCAGAAGUUGGAGCAAUACAGACUGAUUUGGAAGAAAAUCCUAAAACAAGCAUUGAGGAUAUGAUGGCAUCUUCAAUUAGAAACACUUCUAUUUAUGAUAAUGAUAGUUCCAACAGUG